AUGUGUAUAUGUGCUGAGUUGCUUCGGUUAUAUCCAACUCUCCUAUGGACUGUAGCCUGCCAGGCUCCUCUGUCCAUGGGAUCCUCCAGGCAAGAAUACUGGAGUGGGUUGCCAUGCCCUCCUCCAGCGGUCUUCCUGACCCAGGGAUCAAACCUGUGUUUCUUAUUUCUGCACUGGCAAGCAGUUUCUUUACCACUAGUGCCACCUAGGAAGCCCCAAAACCCAGUUGAAAAGUGUGAAAGUCGCAUGCGAUUCUUUGUGACCCCAUGGACUAUACAGUUCAUGGACUUCUUCCGGCCAGAAUACUGGAGUGGGUAG